AUGGACCUUCCAGCUUCAUAUUACGGAGAAACUGACAGAAGAAACCCAGUUCUAUCGACUUUUGAAAGAGAGAUUAAUUCGUUUCAAACCUUAAUGAAGCGAAUUUCUUCUUCACCCAAGCCGGACAACAACUCGCAUGCGAGAGGGGUUAAAAUCUUAAUGGAGAUUUGGAUCAAGUACAGACAUCGCAUACCAUUACAGGUGUACCAGGAACACAUGCUUAGAAUUGCAGAUUUUCUCUUUGGAAUAAAGUUGUACCACCUGGCAUUGUGGCAGGGUUACAGUCUCUGCUUGCAGCUGUUCAGCCCAUUGACUAUAUAUGACAUCAUGGGUGUGGACCAUUUCAUGAGUUCCUACUUCCCUGAUGGGUUUGACACAAACCAAGACAUGCUGAAUAUGAAGCUUCGUGCACUGCAGGGCUUUAUCCUGUGUGUAUAUGAGCAGGAAAAAAAGCAUGACAUCCUCAGCCAGGAGGGUCUCUGUAAGCUACUGUGUGUGUUGGACUUCAUCAGGAUUAUGAUGCGGGCUUUUCAGCGACAUGAGCACCUCUGCUGGCAGAUUUAUAAUGGUUCGUUAAACAUCUACAACAUCUGCCGGUACCUGAUGACCAUGAAUUGUAGUGCACAGGCACUUGAGUACCUGUUGUGGGCUAGUAUCAGUUUGGAAUUAUCUGUCCCUUUGAUGACUGCUAAAUACCUGCCAUGGAGGGCAACACUUUGCUGUGCUGUCUGCCAGUGUUACUAUGACAACCAGGCUGCAGUAAAGGCUGAGGUAUUUGCUAAGAGAGCACUAGGAAAGCUCAAUGACCUGGCUAAGAUGGAGGAGCAGAGUGGAAUUCCUGCCAUAGAGAUUCGGAGAGCUCACAAAGAGGCCACAAUCAAGCUGGCUGCCAUGGUAUUUAAGCGGGCGGUAUAUGAGGGCAGAAGGAGACCCGAACAUGUGUUCAGAACCGAACCAAGGGGCAUCCUGAAGGAUUUACCCAAUGUGCUGUGUCCCCGUUCUGCCACAGAGCGUGUGUUAAUGGAACUGUUUGACAGCAGCGCAGCACGAUUCUUGGGCAUCAUAGAGGCUUUGUGGGACAGCACCAGACGCCCACUUCAGACGGGCAUGCCAGAUAAGCCAGAGCUGCAGGAAGUGGUCCUGGAACUUGUUUCAGCUGGCAUCAGUAUACUGUCCGGAGUGGCCAUUGCUGGGGAGCGAGGGCAUGAUGACUUUCUCCCUACAUGUCUCAGCGCACUAACUUCAUCAUCCACUUUGAUGGAGUUAGCCACUGCAGGAGACCACAAAUUAUCCUUCAUGUCUGUGGUGAGGUUCAUCAAGUUGUUGUUUAAUUAUGAGCGCUGGGACAUCUUUACUGCCCUGACCCAACACAUGCUCCAGAUGUUGACCGGUGUAGAAGGUGAGUCAUUCAGGAAAGCAGAGUUGGAGCUUGCUUUGCUGGACAGCUUUGUCAGUCUGCAGUCUUCCCAGAAGAUCGGCCAUAGAGUUGACAGCAUGGUGAAUGAAAAGGAAAAGUCUGGAAUGCUACUGACUGAUGAGUUCAUUGGCCUGCUAGACACCCUUCACAAAUCUGUUUGUGGCUCUGCUCCGGAAGUGCAACCAGAUAGGGACCUGGUGCUGGAUAUCAUUUUGUUUUUGUGGUGUAAGAUGAAAGAUGUGUUUCAGAGGGUUCAGUCCCAGCACUGGGAUUCCAAACAUUACCUGGGGAAGCUGGAACAGUGCAACAAGUGGGUGUGGUGCCUUUCUGCCCUGUGUGAGGUAGCCUUUGCCUUUGACCUGGUGACUAUUGACUACAUAGUGAUGGCUGAGAUGACCCUCAGACUGGUCAUGCUGCUAGAGAUGGUUGCUGACACCAAAAAAGACACCAACACUAAAACACACAACACUGUGGGUGACGCACAAAAUGGAAAAGAAGUGGACCAGAAUGAGGAGGAAGAGCAGAAGAUCAAGGUAGCAGCAGAGGUUAAAAACCCCAGUCCCUCCCUGUCUAGCUCUCUGCCCCUGGCAGUCACAGAUGUUCAAUUGGAGCUGAUCAAUAUCUACCACCGGGCCUCACUUAAAUUACUGCAACUAAACCCAGUUUUGACAGAGUCUGAAUUGCUGGAUCGAAUCAAGAAGAACAAGGCAUCCAAAGCUCUCUUUCUGACCCAAAAAGCCUUGCUGAUGCACAACAACAGUGAGCCAAACAGCAUCUCCAGUACCAAGAGAUUACUGGAGGAGGCCAUGGCCCUUAUAGAGAAAGCUUGGGUCGAGGAAAGGAGGCUGUAUUGCUCCACCGCUCAUCCAAAUGAAACCCCUCCAGCUAAAACCAAAUACUGGAGAAAGGAGGAAAAAGAUAAACCUCCACCUCCACCCGUCCUUCUUUUCCGCAAUAACCGUUCUUUAACCUUUGCCCCAGCAUCUUACCAGUUGGAGGGGCAGGUAUGUUGGUACCAGAUCUGUGGUCGCGUGGCGGAGGGUAUCAACCUGAAGGUCCGUAUGGGAGACUGUUGCCUGCCAGGCACUGGAAAUUUGGUGCCAGCAGUAGCUGGCCAGUGUAAGUUAAGGGUGGAGGGGCUGGAGCCCAACCAGAUGUAUGUGUUCGCUGUAGCUGCCUACAACAGCCAGGGCAAGCUAGUGGGGAACACCAUAGGAGAGACAACAUACCCAAUCCUGGCAUUCAUACCACUGCCACUACACACCACCUGGGCCCUCCUAGCGCAGGCGGCAUUUCAAACAGAGCAGUAUGCCAUAGCUAAGAAAGCCUGUGGAGAGUUGUGGAGUCACUUCACCUACCCCAAACAUGAGUCCCCCACUACACAGGACUGCCUUGCUCUGACAGGGUUGCAUGUUCAGACCCUACAGCAUUCUUCUCCUCCCCUCCUGCAGUUGUUCCUGACCUCCAUUUUUAUAGAGACAGCGAUUAAUAUCCAGCAGGAUGUGCUCUGCUGUGACUCAGCCAGUGAAAACGAACCGUUUAUCUGGGGACAGGAGGCCAGAUUAGAAGAAUGUGAACGUAUGCUGGUGGCUGUGGACUUGGCCAUGUGGUUGAAUAACAGUACUGGUGUCCUGCAAGGUGCUGUGGGCUGUUAUGGCUUGUUGGCCCCACUAAUCUUUCAUCAGAUCACCUGUGACCCCAUUGCACAGGUGCUAAUUAAGUGUUUGGUGGCUUUGGAGGAGAAUUCAGCUGUUCUUAAACAAAAAUAUUCUGGAGACACUUCGGAGUCGCUCAUGCACAUGAUUGCCUGCAUCACCUACUACCUGUCCAAGGCAUUGCCAGUGCUCGGGGAGAUCUGUAUGGCUUCCCUGGUGAUGGACAAAGGCUGCAAACUGCUCCAGGAGGUCUAUGAGGCCCAGUUGCAGUGCAUUAAGCCCACUGAUGAGACUGAGAGGGAACUGACUAGCCAAGAGGGUUCUGUCAAUAUUUACUUCAUCAUUGCCAACAGCUCCUUAAAGAGUGCCUACAAAGAUGUUAUGAAGUCCAGACAGAAGUUGUAUUUCAUAGAGUUUGCUGCACUGCUGCUUCAGAGAGCCAUGGAAGAAAACCAAUUACACCUUGUCAUACGCUGGGGAGAAAAAAUAUUUGCAUGUCUUUGCAGGGAGAUGCAGGCUGUGGAGAAUAUGCUCAAAUUGAUGUCAUCCUUAAUGCGUUGCUAUCAGCAUCGGCUGCAGCUAAGGCGCAUACGCUGGAAGGAGGGGUUGUGGAGGUCACAGCUUAACCACAUCAUGGCUCAGGCACAUAUUGCAGUGCUUCACAGGGGCCUAGACAAACUUCAUGGACCUCUAGUACAGUAUAGGUACAGCCAGUUUGACCCCCUGUUCUUCUCUCUGGUCCGUUCUGGAGUGCUGAUGCCAUGGAUACGGCCUCAACAACAGCAGUCUUCUGAGCCUGAUGCCAUAUCACUGUCACUCAUAAACUCCCCUCUCAGUGGGCACACCAACAAGGAGAGGGAGGAGGUGAAGAACCUUGAAGUCUCUGACACAGUGGAGAGUAGUGGGGUAAGGGAGAAUGCAAAUGAAACGGAGACCAACGCACCUGACAUAUCCACUCCAGCAAUGCACCCCACCGCUCUGCUGCUGGAUUCACUAGACGAAGCUGCUUUACACCUACGCAGGUCCAUGGUGCUAGCACAUCGAGGCAGCCACUGGAACACCCUACAGAGUGUGUGUCAGACCUUGUGGGACCAAGGCUGCAGGAUCGUUACCCUGGUGGAGAGGGGUGCUCGGAUGGGAUCUCCCUCCUCCAUCACAGUGGACCAGCUGCACACCAUCCUCACUCCACUACUGGUGUUGGCUACUGAUUUAUUGAUGGACAUGCUAGAUAGACUAGGGCUGUGGAGUGUGUAUAACAAUGAUGUGAGUGAUGAGGACCUAGAAGCUAGACUCCAUUUCUCAGGCCCGCUGGACGAUGGCACCUGGGUGGAUCUGCACUGGGUCCAAACUCUGGUGCUAUACACACUCGAGCUGCUCCAUUUUAGAGCAAAAUGGGAGACGCUGGCUCACUUUGCCCUUCUAUUCAACUCAUAUACACGAGAACGCUACAUAUUGAUGGUAAAUCCUCUUCUGGUCCAUGCACAGCAAAGGCUGCUUGAUAGGAUUAGCUCCUUUGGAGGACCUCCAGUCCCACAACCACACCACACUAAGAUGCAAAGAGUAACUGGGGAAGAGGUUACUAACAGGAGCUAUGCGGGCCAUCAGCUGCUGAGUGGUUGGGCCCCUCCCCCAAAUGCCUCUUCCAGUCUAAAUAGUACCACUCCAGGGGAUACAGACUCCCACCACAACCCCCAGUGGAAGAACCACACAAACCUCGGCAUAGACGAGCAUCAUGGUGUGUACACAUGCUUGUGGAUUUGUGCAUAUGUCUUUCAUAUCUGUGGUGCAGAGAAGCAGCGAUCAAUGUCUCUUGUGUGCGUCCCCCUGGAUGUUGAAGACACACUGCAAUGUUACCAUAAAGCUCUUGAGGGGAGACAACUUUAUUUGCGGACCUUCCAGCACAGCCAAUCACUCCUGCAGUUGUUACUAGCACAUACACAGCUCUCCUCUGAGGUGCAAUUUAAUCACGGGAGCAUUGCUGUCCAGUCUUCACACCAGGUUGAAAUCAGUCCCAUGGUUACUUCUGCUCUAGUCUUCCAGCCUCAGUACCUGAUGGAGGAAGAUUAUAGCACACCAAAGGCUCUGUACAGCUUCCCUAUCAGUCCCAACUACAUAAAUAAUGUCAUUACUGCAUAUUCCACCUCCAUUAAGUGUCUCCAGGCCAACCGUCAUGACUCCCUCAGAGUCCAGGUGCUGCAUGACAUGGGAAACAUGCAGUUCUACAAUGGAAACACACGGGCAGCUCACUCAUACUGGUGCAAAGCUUUAGAUUGUGCCCUGCUGAGCUCAGGUGUGUUCGAGAAAUGGGACGGUGUGUCUUGGGGGAGUGCUUCCCCACAACAAACCUUGAAGCUGGCUGGGAUUUGGGGCUGUCUACAGGCAGCUGUGCUCACCGCAAAGAUUGCACAGUACGUCUUGACAUCAGACAUAAGCCAGCGGACCAAAUGCUGUCUCUUGUCCGCUCACCUCUUUAAGUGUCUUCUGUAUAGCUCACUACCUCACCCCCUGAGCGAUCUGCACUACGCCUCCUACAGCAUUGAAGAUGAACUGCUCCCUGGAGUGGACAUGUUCUCUGAAACACAUAGAGCUCACCUGGGCACUACUGUAACCAGCCUCAACUUCCUUUGCUACUGGCUCUACACAGCAGGGCACUACAUCAAGUUGCUGCCUCUCGUUGCCCUCUACCUGCACUUUGUGGGGACUGUGUGCAGAGAUAUACAACGGACUGUUGAAGCCAAAAUAUUGAAGAUGCGUGCUCUGACUGAGCUGAGUCUGUUUGCUGAGGCUUUAAAGGAGCUAAGUGACAUCACGCAAGGGAAAGGGGUCUUUCUGCAUCAUGGAUACCACAUCCACGUGAGCAAACCCCAGCCUGUGAGGACGUUCUACAGCAACAAGCCUCUACUGGAAAACUUUCAGGCUUUAGAGGACCUUGUGAACUGUGUCCUGGCUCCAGAGGUCCACCUGCUAUAUGGUUCCACACUGUGCUGGCGAUUCAAUUUGGCUCGGGUUCAGCUGGUCCUGGCACUCAGCAGCACUAUACAUACACUUCCUCUGGCAGAAGCCCAUUUUGCUGAUGCUCAUAACAAUAUAACAGAGACUUCAGCGAGUUCAAUGCACCAUGAACAGGACAACCCAGAGUCAGAGUGCUCCCUCAAAAGAGAAGACCUGAAAAAGCUGAUUCUUGACCCCACAAAGGAGGAACUCACUCCAGAAAAACUCAAGUUCCUUUUGCUGGAAAGGGCAUUUCACUUGCUGAUCUCCAGUUCCCAAAAGCCACUGCCUCAGUCUCACAGCCAAACAGAAGAGCUGGAGUUGACCAUAGAAGGCAACCUGCUAAUGGCCAACCUAUACCUGCAGCAAGGACGCAGUGCAAUUAGUUCUGACAUAGCGGUUUCAUCCUUGGUGUUGCUUCAGAUGUCAGACAUCAGUAUGAAGGGAAUCCCUUCCUCUUCUCAGAGAGAUGCUUCCUCCCUGCUCCCACAAGACAGGACCACUUGUGAACAGAUGGCUGUAGAGGCCAAGCUGCAGUCCACAUACUUUGGUGCAGGCUCUCAGGUGCCUGCUGAUGUCCUGGAGGUGUACUGUGAUGGCGUUGUCAUCUACAUACUGAAGCUCCAUAAUGGUGGUGGCAGCAGAGAUUCGUGUAGUGUAUGCAGCCUCCUGCCAGGAGACUCUCCCCGAGAAGUUGAGGCUCGGGAAAGGAUUGGAGUUACUUUGUGGCUGAAAUGUCGACUGGCUUUGGUCCACAGUCUGGUUGCACACAUCCCUGGCACUGCCAUCAUCCCAGGUAAGAACAGUUAUGAGGAGACAGUACAGGUGUUAUCAGAGGGUCUAGAGGAAUGUAAAUUGUGGGGAGACCCAGACACACAAGCCCUUCUCCUUUUAGAAGGCACUGCGCUGGACAAGCAUAGAGGGCAGACUGUGGUUGGCUGGAUCUCAGUGCUGCAGGAGACAGUGAAUCUUCUUUUAGACAGGGAAUGUAUGCCCCCUGGGUCUGGUUUGACUCUGGCUCAGGCCACCUUGCUGCUUAGUGAGCUGAGAGGAGCACACAACUCCACUCUUCUGGAACACAAAACUCUAGACCCACUUGUAACACAAAAACUACUACAGCAACAGCUGCAGGCAUUUGAUCUGGAUGUGGUUGUAGAAGAUGGAAAUGUGUGUCUCCCUCCAACUGGGCUAAGCAACAUCUACCUGCCUCACCUUCCUCUCCUUGCCAAGGUCACCAUGCACAUUGCUCUAAAAGCUAUGGAGAGAGUCAUCUCUACAUUAGAAUCCACCCCCAGGCAUAGCUCCUUCCACUCGUCCAGCCAUACUGAGGCAGACUUCCAGGUACCAGGCUGCUAUUCAAACAGUCCCGAUCCUAAACAGCUCCCCUUUUUGAGCCCCUUUGAAAUACCCAGAGUUGCCCCCAGCUCUGAUAUGGUCCAGGCCUGGCAAUACAUCCAUGAAGUACUGCAGUCUGCAGUGUAUCUCUCCCAAUCCUGUGCCUACAGAGAUAUGCAGCUGGAGGCUGACCUGCUGUACUUUCAUGGAAUUGUGAAGCGCAAUCUGAGAUACCUCAGCAAUUUUGACCGUCAGGAUGUGACUGAGACCUUCCUGGAGUGUAUCCAAACUACAAUGAAGCACUGCCACAACCUGCUCCUAUGUGAUUAUAUGCUCUCUCUCCUUCUCUGGGUGUGCGUGUGUCUCAGUGUCCUUCACAAGUGUUAUCUCGAGGUUGCGCUCCUUUUCCUCCACGAUUGGCAGCACACACCACAAAAGCCUCCUGUCCAUCCAGCUCAACAGAAAAACUCCCAGUGGAAGCGUUUGCUCACCAACAUGAACAGAGGACUGACGGCAAUGGAGGGAUACCUGUUGCUCUUCUGGGUGUGCCUUCGAGGAGCUGCCAUGGUGUCUAAAGCGAUAUCUGGCUGUGCCCAGUUAUCUGGAGACAGAGGGGGGGUGCUCUCCGAAAAGGCCCUCGAUGCAAUACCUGACUUUGCCACCAACGAUCUGCUCAACGUGUGUGGUGGUGUGCAGCAGCUGUCCAAGGACUUAGCCUGCCUGGAGGUAGAGCACAGCUUCAGAGACGGAAGCAGGAAAAGAUCUCAACUUACCUGGACCCACUUAGCUCGUUACUACACUCACCUGCUUAACCUUCAGCAGAUAGCCACCAAGCCAGUGUGUGCUCAGACAGUGGAAGGCCUGGCAUCAUUAUCGGGAGUCAGCCUAGCACUCCGUCUGUCCCAGCUGCACAGCUUCUUCUGCUCACACAUGACCAACUACAGAGAGAACUGCUACCCUCCUGAACCUGCACCCGCUGAGAUCAUGCUUCUGCCACAAAUCAUGCAGCUAAGCCCUACUCUACGAGCUUCUUUGGGCCAAGUAGAUGAGAUGUACCAGUGGUCCAUCUCUACUAAGCAACAACUUUGUAUUCAGUGGCACCACCAGCCUGCAUCCGGAUAUCAAGACAUGGUGAUUCUUCUGUAUGGUCUUAACAAACAUCCUGUGUCUGCCAUGGGAGGAUCGGCCAUUGCUGUCAAGGGACUGCAAUGUGGACAUCAUAUGAUAAGAAUGCUGAAGAAGAAAAUUCUGGGCUGUUGUUUGUCCAUCAAGGAACUUGUGCAACCAGGGUCAAAGUCUGACCAUCUCACUGAGGUGCCAUUUGAGAUCUCUCUGGAGAACAUUUCUGACCUUGAGUGCUGUUUCAAUCCAGCCGGUGGGGCUAUAGUGGAUGGUUCUGCUCUGACAGACUGGAUCCUGUCUGUUCUCAUAAAUUCUUGA